AUGGCGACGUCCGGGGAGGUUCUCCACCGCUCCGCUGACCAGACUGUGCACCAGGAGGCAUGGACCCGCGUCAUUCGGAUGGAUAAGUUUGAGCAGGUCGCCGUCGACAAGCUCGUCAGUUAUCUCUACGGCGAAGAGUACACUGUUAGGCCUCUGGUUGAAAGCUUGGCGGAGGCGCAAAGCCCGGCUCAGGUUGCUGCAACUACGCAUGAGGGUACGGACCCGAUGACUCCGUCGGCCUCCACAAGCCGAUCGGUUCCCACGCCUUCCACGAGUCCCAAUACUCCCGAGACUCCCAAAACUCCCAAGACUCGCUCGACCUCUACGCAUACGGCCUCGGAGCCUAGAAAGGGAGGUGAGCAGCCUUCUCGAGCCCAAGGCACCUCCAUCGCGUCCGACAAGGCCGCCGAGAUGAGUCAACAUGCUCAAGAUGUGCUCUUGCACAUCCGCGUCAAUGGCAUCGCCGCCCACUUUGGUGUCAGCGGGCUGGUCAAUCUAGCAAACACCAAGGUCGACACCAUUCUCUGCGACCACACCCGCAACGUGGUCCGUUACCUGGUUGCACUCACCAUCAUGUCGAUACAGGCCACUUAUGACCAGGCGCUGAUCGACAUGCUUGGGCGGGCAAUGGCCGUGAAUAUUGGUCUCGUGGUCAAGACCGGCCAGCUCGACGGCCCCAACGGCUUCGUAUCGGGUCUCGGACUGCAGAUCUUGAGAGACGUGGUCACCGUCCACGAGGACGACGUCUCAGAGGCGAUGGAACUUCUGGAGGCGGAACGCCGCACCUGCCAACAGGAGAGAGAGCGACGCCACACUGAAGCCGUGGAACGCCUAUCCCAGAUUGAAAGGCUGGAAUCAAAGGUCUACGAUGCGGAAGCGAUCGCUACAAGGCUCGCCGUGGCGGUCGGGCGGCUGAGUCUGACCCCUUCGUGCGGAAGGUGUGGCUUCCCGGGUGUUGUUAUCGACGUGAAGAAUAAUAUGAAUCUACGUUGUCGCCGAUGCUGGAGCUACUGUCAGACUGUGUACGGGACACCGCCAUGA